CCGAACAUGACGCGCCAAGGCACCGGCGACGUCAGCAUGGACUCGCCAUGGCCGAGUAUCGGCGCCGCCGCCGGCCCUGCCACGGCGCCCGUGGCGGCGGCCGCCAGGUCCGUCUUGACGGCCGGCAGCAUCGCCACCGUAGCCGCCACUAUCCUGAUCUUCGUUGUCAUCGCCGCCGGUGUCGUCACCUUCCAGUACUUCUUCGACGUGUGGGACAGGCCGGGCAGCGACAGGCAUGGCGCCCGGGCGUCGCGGCGCCGUGGCGGACGGGCGGCGGGCGGCGGCGGCGGGAUCCGGGCCGCCCGGGGCGUCGACCCCGACGUGCUGGGCUCCCUGCCGGUCACGGUGUACCGCAAGGCGGCGCCGGGUUCGUCGUCGUCGGAGGAGGAGGACGCGGCGGAGUGCGCGGUGUGCCUCGCGGAGCUCGAAGACGGCGAGGAGGCCCGGUACCUGCCCCGCUGCGGCCAUGGCUUCCACGCCGCGUGCGUCGACACGUGGCUGGCGUCCCACACCACAUGCCCGCUCUGCCGGCUCACCAUCGCCAAGCCCGACGCGUCUCCCGCACCUGCCUUGGCUCUCCGGCCGGUGCCGCCAGAGCCGGCGAACUACGCCGCCAACCUGCCGGCCAGCGUGCUUCUCGGGGUGUCCGACCAGCGCGCAGUGACCGUGGCCUCCGACGCGGACACGACCGCUUCGACGGGCAGCACAGUCGUGCUGGUGAUUGAGAUCCCGGAGUCGCCCGUGCCGGCGCCGACCCCGCGUCACGCGGCCAGGUCGCAGGCCGGCUCGGCGAGACCGAGGUCGUUUCGGAGGCUGUGGAGCUUCGGAAGGCAAGGGGCGGGGCCGAGUUCCUCUUGCUCCUGCGGCGGCGCCGGCGAAGGAGACGACGUGGAGCAGGGCGGGGCAAGGCAACCCAGGGAUCUGUUGGAAAAAGCUAAAUCUCAUCUGAAUGCUUUAGAUGGCUCCAAGGCUCCAACACAAGCAUUUUGAUGUUCUAGAUGUGGGUCAAGACCUGUGCCAAUGCACCGGAUUACGUCAUAUGGGAAUUCACCAUUGAUUGUGAAAACUAAGGUACGUCACGGACUCAGGUUUGAGCCCCGUCGAACCUUACCAAAAUACAGUCCCUCAACUACGUGUGUGACAUGAAUGUUCCAAACACGACCAAUUUGGACAAAAAGUUUUCCGUCGUCCCAUUUUGCGGACUCACAACCUCGAAUAGUACCACAAUCUCUUUUACGCACAAUAAUAUGUUGAACUACUUCAACAAGUCUAUGUGUAAGAUAGCCAGCAUCCGCUGUUCGUAUAGCAGUAUCCACAACCCCUUUUCGGUCUCCGUAGCAAGAAAUUAUAUAUUCCCUCAAAGAAAGUUCCU